CAGGUGUUUGGUGCACGUAUGAAUCUGUAGUUGGGAUUUUAGUUGCAAAUGUCUUCCGAUCUGGAUAAUUUUCCAACCAUAAGCACUACAUGUUUUUUCGGCAAAAAGAAGGCACCGACCGUAAUUCCCACAGAUCCGCAUAUUUCCGAUGUCUCAGACGACGAUUUCAGUGACGGAGAAAAUAUUUCCCAAACAAAUGAGCUUAACGAUGAAGAAGAAGUGCCUUUAGGACUUGACAUGCUGGUUCCAGAAAGUAAUUCUGAAUUCGAAGAAAGUAACGAUGAAACUGAGCCGCCACCACCACAAAGACGAAAAACUGAAUCAUAUUCUUGGAUUGAAGCUGACAUAGUUUACCUUCACCAGACUUUCCUGAGCCUGACAACAUUGCAGUUCCCAUUGAGUAUUUUACAAAGUUUUUUUCAUUUGAUCUAA